CUGGUAACACUUAAAUAGUGUCGUCGAGGUCGAGGACGAAAACGCGAGGAUUCAUCAAAAGUUUUAUGGUGGGCAAGUUAAUGGCCGUAUUUGAUGAUAGUAGCAACAGCAGGAGCAGCAAUUUUAUUUGCAAAGUGAAAAGCAGCAAUGGUAAUAGCGUUGUCGGUGGCAGUAGUGACAUUUUUAUCUCAGCAUCAGCAACAAAAAAGGCAACGAUUCCCAGUUUGUUCUUGUACGGGACCACUGCGGUUUUAUCCAGUCAAAUGUCGGCCGAAACGGACGACACGGACGAUGAACAGCAGGUGGCUCUCGACCCGUACUCACAGCUCGAAGAGGACCUGCGAAACAUUAAAUCCGUGAUUCAUGUUACCCGUGAGAAUAUUGACGCACUCAAUGCUAAAUUCGCGGAUUUUCAACAACCCCCGGCCCUCUAUCUGGAGGAGUAUCAAGAGUUGACCUCGAAAUUGCACGACCUCGAAACCAAGGAGCAGGAGUUAAUCGAGCGAAAAAGUCAGAUGCAGACCCAGUGCGAACGGGAAUCGACGAGUGAACCAAGUGAACCUCCUGAUCCGGAGGAACGAGUUGAGGUUGACAGUAUGUGUGGUACACUUAGUCGUACGUCGAAGGUGCUGCUAAGAGCUCAUCUGCCCAAUCAGCAACGUACUUCGGUUCAAGUAAUACCGGGAAUGCGAUUGAAGGAUGCUCUCGCAAAAGCUCUCAAGCGACGCAAUCUGACUUGUGACAUUUGUGAGGUGACAUCGGCUAACAGUGACUACCCAAUCCCAUGGGACACGGACGUAUGUUCGUUGCACUGCGAGGAAGUAUUUGUUCGCAUACUGGACAUUGGAUUUCCUACGUAUAUUUCUCAUCAAUUCAUUCGGAAAACGUUCUUCUCGUUAGCUUUUUGUGAAUGCUGCCGUAGAUUACUGUUUACCGGAUUUUACUGUAACCAAUGCAAUUAUCGGUUCCAUCAACGUUGCGUAGAUAAAGUUCCACCAAUUUGUAGUAAGCGACACAUGGACAACAUCUACCAUCACUUGUUGGCUAACCCCGAGAGUACGGUCGGAAUCAUAAAUCCCGGAACCGGUGGUUACAGUACCAGCCUGCGACAUCCACGCUCACUCAAUCAACAAGAUCGGUCAAAUUCGGCACCAAAUGUGUGCAUAAAUAGUGUGAUGAAACCACUGUUCGGAGUCGAUAACCGAGCGCUGAUCAAUUGUAGACCACUGCAGGUAAUGUGUGAGAGUGAAAUGGUUUUUUUCUUUUGGGAUUUUGAAAGGCUUUUUUAUUUACAGGCACAAGUGAACCAGGAACACUCACAUUCCACUCAAGCAUCACCAACGAACACGUUGAAACACAGCAAACGACCGAGAGCUCGUUCGGCCGAUGAAAGCAAUAAAAAUCUGCUGUCGCCGCGGGAUUCUAGACAGUCCGAAGAAAAUUGGAACAUCCAAGCGGAAGAGAUCCUGAUCGGGCAGCGCAUCGGAUCCGGCUCGUUCGGGACGGUGUACAAGGCCCACUGGCACGGACCGGUUGCCGUCAAGACGUUGAAUGUGAAAACACCCAGCGCAGCUCAGUUGCAGGCGUUCAAGAACGAGGUCGCCAUGCUGAAGAAAACUCGUCACUGUAAUAUACUGUUAUUCAUGGGUUGUGUAAGUAAACCAUCGCUGGCGAUUGUAACGCAGUGGUGCGAGGGUAGCAGCCUCUACAAGCACAUUCACGUCAACGAGACAAAGUUCAAGUUGAACACCUUGAUAGACAUCGCUCGACAGGCGGCACAGGGCAUGGAUUACUUGCAUGCAAAGAAUAUCAUCCAUCGGGAUCUGAAGUCGAACAAUAUAUUUUUGCAUGACGAUUUCUCGGUCAAAAUUGGUGAUUUCGGUCUGGCCACUGCCAAAGUCCGGUGGUCUGGAUCGCAACAGUCAAACCAACCGACGGGCAGUAUUCUAUGGAUGGCUCCGGAGGUGAUUCGCAUGAAGGAUCAAAAUCCUUAUUCUUUUCAAAGUGAUGUUUAUGCGUUUGGUAUCGUCUUGUAUGAGAUGCUAACCGAACAGCUUCCCUACAGUCACAUCAACAACAAGGAUCAAAUUCUGUUUAUGGUUGGUUGUGGCAAACUGCGACCCGAUCUCACCAAGGUACGCUCGGACUGCCCGCAAGCGCUAAAGCGCUGCGUAGAAGAUUGUAUUAAGUUUAGUCGCGAAGAGCGACCACUGUUUCGACUCCUGCUGAAUAUGCUCGAAAAUAUGCUGCGGACGCUGCCAAAGUUUCAUCGCAGUGCGAGCGAGCCCAACUUUACUCAGUCCCAGCUCCAGAACGAUGACUUUCUGUAUCUAUGCUCGAGCCCUAAAACACCAGUUAAUUUCCAUAACUUUCAAUUUUACAACGGCACCGGUAUUAUUUAGCGCAUUCGCCACUGCGCACCGGUGGAUUUGCUGGUGAUUGUUGCCGUCGUACCCCCUAAGGUUCUAGUUAUUGACAUUUUAAUCAAAUAUUUUACACUAUGAGAAUGCAUGAAACACUAAAAAAACCAAACAAUCUGGGCUUUGGAACUUAAGCCUGCCGUUGCGAGCGGGUCCUGGGCGAUAAAUUGGCCGACAGUAGUAGACAUUACAAAACAACAACAAAAAAGGAUAGAUUUUCUCAGACUGGUGUAAAUAGAGCGCGGUAUCCCUAAUUGAAGAAGUGAGGCAAAUUGCGUUAAAAUAUCACAAUAGACUAUGAAGCUAAGCUCGAUGAUCUCGUGGUCAGGAGCGAGAAUUGUUAUUGUGUAGGGUGCAAUUCAUCAUCACUUUUACCGUAGAGUUUAGGUUGAAAUUUUAUGUUGAUAUGUUGUUUUAGAAUUGAUUAGGAUUAUGUAUUUGUAGAUAUUGCUAGCCAUAGUGUGGUUGAGAUGAUGUUAUCAAGGAACCUGUCGACGAUUUCAUUAGGUUUAGUUAAUCUUUAUUUUUUUUAAGUUUGCAGCUCAUUUCAACACAGUACAUUUGCAACUAGCAGUUUGCUGGACUGGUAGUAAACCGGUACUGAGUGAUAUUGAUCUUGAAAGACCCUUAUCGAAUAUUCCGAUCUCGGAUCUGAAAAAAUUCGAAUAGUUGAUUUUUACUGGGUCUAUCUAUUUCAAUCGAAUAAUAGUCGCUACCUAUGCAAUGCUGUCCAUCUGAGCACAGUAAAACUCGAUUCAAGCUCUUUUGAUCCGUUUUGGUUUUGUUGAAGAUUUUUUUUAAAUUUUUUCUUUAAAAAUCACUGACAUAGUAAAUGUUGAAAAUCUGGUUAUAUGGUGUUUAGUGGAUUGCGUGUUAUUUGAUUUAGUUUAUGUGCCAUUUGGAGGUGUGAGCAGUGAAAGUAGACGUAAUGUUCUUUACAAAUAGGCAUUUUUAUUGGGGAUUGUACUCUUUUCUGAUAUGGGUCUGUACUACUGUUAACAGUCUUCUUUAGUAUUUUUCAUUGAUUUUUCAGUCCGAUUAUUCACAUACUUUAGUUAUUACCAAUUUGUCAUGUAGAAUGAAGGAAAAGAACUUAUAAACAAACUAGCGAAUACCAGAUGUGCCAGUUAAUAAUGCGGAACGUUUUCAAGUGAUGUUUAACCGUCGAAAGCAUUGCGUCAUUCUUUUGCUGUAACGUCACGUCCCAAAAAAACCAUUACUGUUUUGUCACAAUUGCACGUUAGUGGCAUAUACAUUCAGUAUCGAAAUUCUUGCCAAAAAAAAGCAUUUGCGGGAGUCGUUGAUUCAUUAAUUUGUUUUGUAUAAUAGUGCUUGUAAAUCCUAUCGAAGUUUGGUUGAAGCUUACGGGGAACAUCUCUCGGUCGCGACAUGCUAAAGUCGGUUUGAGCGUUCUAAAAAGAGAAAUUUCAGUGUAAAAAUUUGAAGCUUCCGAAUUUCCAGAAUUCUUGAACGAAGACAAUACACAAACUCUAAAAUAAAUGGUGCUUAGUCUAGCCGUUAAUCACCUAGCCAUUUCUGAUCAUCUACACCUCAUGGGAAAUAUCCAGAUGGUGGGAAAAUGGGUUUCUCAUGAGCUGAAUAAUUGCAGAAAAAAGAUUUUCUGAACCAGACCGUGGCCGGAGAUGAACAAUUGGUUUAUAUUGAGAAUCCCAAGCGCAGAAACUGGCGUGGUUGACUCUGGUAUACCAUCGACAUCACCUGCAAACUUAAUCCCUUCGGACAGAAAACGAUGCUGUGCAUUUUCUGAAGUAAGGGAGAUGUCUUAUGAUAUGGAAUUUCGAAACCAAGGAAUACUGCGAAUACUAAUCACUAUAGACAGCAAAUAGUGAAAUUGAAUCAAGCUACCAGAUUGCGCCACGAGACAUGAAAAAAUCAUCCUGUAGUACGAAAAGGCCUCCGGAUUUUUUGAUCCAUCCGUCAUCAUUUUCACCCUUGGUUCCCUCCGGCUAUCAUGUACUUUCAUUGAUGUCACACGCACUUGAUUUGUGAUACUUCAUAAGUUCUAUUUAUUUAUAUAUUUGCAAUGAACAGACACAAUUUGGUCCUAAUGAUCCUGCUUCGUGACACAUUAAAAUCAUACCCAAAUGAAACACGGGUGAACGAUCUUUGUAAACCAAUAAUAGAACCGUUUGCGCCAUAGUUGGUACGUCGUAUAGGAAGUCGAAGAAAAGCACUGUUGCGGAGAGCUCUGGGUCGCACAUUAAUAAUAACUUCGUUGAGCAAAACGGGACAGUCGAUCCUACCGUUGAAUAUAUCUGCUAUUAUUAAAGCGCGUGAUAAUUCUCGUCGCACUUGUAAUGUGUCGAGACCGAUUAAUAAACCGCGACUUUCAUAGCUAGGUAGUUGAUGAGGAUCGGUCCACGGCAAUCGGCGAAGAGCGAAGCGAACAAAUCUGCGCUGUAUUCCCUGAAUUCUAUGAGCACCGUUCAGGUAGCAUGGGUUCCAAACUGCCGAGCAAUAUUCGAGAGUUGAACGAACAAGUGAGCAGUAAAGCGAUUUUAGACAGUGGAUAUCUGUAAAGUGCUCAGUCAUUCUCAUUAAGAAUCCUAAGCUACGGGAAGCUUUAGCUACAAUGUAACUGAUGUGAUGCUUGAAUGUAAGUUGUUCAUCGAGAUGGACGCCAAGAUCCUUAACGCUAGUCGAUCUCAAGGAUCCAUCCAGAAAGUAUUCGACAUGCAAUGGCAUUUUUCUCCUCGUGGACGUAAUGGCCGAGCACUUGUCUGGAUUUACAAUCAUACGGUUAACUUUACACCAAUCUGCGAAGAUUAACAAUUGCCGCUGGAGAAAGGCUGCGACUUCUUAGUUGCGGAUGAUGUGAUAGAUCUUGACAUCACCAGCAAACGAUAAACGAGGACCUUCCAAGGCAAAAUUGACAUCAUUGAAGUACAGUAAAAAUAUUAACGGUCCGAGAUGACUUCCCUGUGGUAUUCCGGAUGAUGCGAGGAACUCUCCGGAAGUAUGAUCGUCAAUUUUAAUUGCUAAACGAUGAUUCCUAAGAUACGACUGCAACCAACGAAGAAUGUUCGAACUGAAUCCAAGUCUGUCCAAUUUAGCAACCGUGAUGUCGUGAUUGAUUAUAUCGAAAGCGGAGGAAAGAUCUGUAUAGAUAACGACCGUUUGUAAACCGUUAGACAUUGCAUCAAUCACAUAAGACAAAAACGAUAGUAAGUUUGUGAUUGUUGAGCGGUUAGGCAUGAAACCGUGUUGAGUAUCGACAAUAUAUUGCUUGCAGUGAUUGAAAAUUGGUGUCAGUAUAACCUUUUCGAACAGCUUUGGUAUAGCGCUGAGGGAAGUGAUACCGCGGUAGUUGUUUAUAUCCUUUUUAUCGCCUUUCUUGUGGACUUAGAACAUAAAGGAAGCUUUCCAUAAAUUGGGGAAAACUUCUGUAGCGAGAGACAUUCGAAAUAAUUUGCAGAGGGGAGCGAUUACUCCACGCCAGCACUUUUUAAGAUUGACUGCCGGUAUUCCGUCAGGGCCUGAAGAAUUUGAGGUUUUCAUUCCUACAAUUGCCGUUCGUAUUGAGUCUUCGUCAAUAUUGAUGCAGUUCAAUGAGUUAUUAGACAGGGGAACAUUAAGUGCUGCGGCAGCAAUUUGCUGCUGAGUCAAGAUUUCAUUUGAAAAAAACCCUAUAAAACUUUUCCGCAAACAUCUGGCAGAUUUCCUGUGUGCACGAACCAGUACGAUCUUCAAAAUUCAUUGACGAGGGUAACCCGAAUUCUUUCAGUUUUCGAUGUACGUUGUUCAAGUAGUAGGCAUGGAAGCGCUUAACGGCUUUCUUGUACAACUGAUUUAUCUGCACGUGCACAUAUUUAGAGUACCUCUUUAGAGCGGCUCUUUUGGUCGUUUUCAAAUGUGUCACUUCCGCGGUCAGCCAUGGUGGAUGCCGGGUUUGCCGACUCCAUCGUUUCGGUACAAAGUAGUCGAUUGCGUAGCUCAUAACAUUAAAGAACGUCUGCACAGGGGCAUUGACAUUAUCGUUGUCGAGAACUUAAUCCCAGUCGAUUUGCGUCAAGAAUUCGGUCAUACCAAAUGAUGGCAAAACCCCGAACACUUAACGAAAUCUUCCUCCGAUUUUACAGUUUUGGCACAACGAUCACAAGCAUUAGCCACAAGUGGUUGUCACAGGUGUACUGGGGUUUGUUGGGGUUGGUGUGAAGGAAGCACCGUUGUCCUUUGGUGUGGUUGUCUCCUUGUCCAGUUUAUCACAUGGCUUACCGUAGUGAACAGCUUUUUGGCAAUAUUGGCAUGUGGCCAUCUGAUUGUCAUAGGUAACAAGUGAUUUGCACGGGAUUCUUGUAUCCUGACCGAAUGUCACAUAAGAAGGUAUAAGCCUCCUCAAGCGCAUGCGUAACAAAAGUACGCCAUUUAGAAUACCGGGGAAAAAGUUCUUCCACUUUUCUUUUUCGAUAGAGAGAAUCUCUCCGUAUUGGGAUAUAGUUUUGCGAAUAUAAGAAUCGGUGACGCUUGAGGGAAGACCAUGCACACGCAUUUUUAUAGCACACUAUCUUCCAUAUAUACUGGAAUGUUGUACUUAAUGUUCUCGUGCUCCACAUAAUGCACAUUGUUAUUGUCUUUUGCGAAUUGAAUUGCAUCUAACUCGUUAUAAAACUGGAUGUAAACAACAUUAUUUGUCUUAUUGCAUUGAAGUAAAUGCACACGUUUAAUGUCAAGAUGCAAACCUUCAAGUUCUCGUAUCGAAGGUCGAAUUUUGCACUGCCUGAAGUCAACAAUAAUUGUAUUAUUUCGUAGCGGCGGUAGCUUUUGUUCGUUUGGUUCACUCAUCUCGAGAUCGUUCUAUUGUUCACUACACAAUACUGUACUUGGUUUCUUCCGUCCCGAACGUAAGCGGUUUUGUUAUAUCGACUGACUUGGAUGAGAUAUGAAAGCGAACUGAGUGCAUAUUUUUGUCACAUACACACUUUCAGACGUUCGGGGUUUGAUUUAACAAUUCAAGUUUGUGUAAGGCACACCUGACGAAUUUUUUUUAUUCAAUUAGGGGUUAUGGUUGCUCAUGGCAACCGGUUCGUAUGAAUCGCACAUGUUUAAUUUUACCUUCUUUUGUGUAUUGAAAUAAUGCUUUUCUCCACUUCAAUGUUUGCUUCCCAUUAUGUAAAAAGGGUUUUUUAUAAUGUACGACACCCCAUGGAUAGUGAUCAAACCGAUAACAAAAUCCAUUCAUCGAAUAAAACACCAAAACCAGAUUUUCAAGUAUUUCCUAAUAAUUUUCGAAUGUAUCUGAUUUCACGUAAAAUAUAUAUUGUCAGUCAUUGAGAAUGCAUGUCACGUUUGGAAAUAUUUCACUAAUCUCAAUUCAUAGAAAUACUGCUACUGAGGAGGUAGACAUUUUAUUCCGUAAUACAGGGCGAACCGAAUGAAAAGCAAAACAACCUGAUCAAAUGAGCAAAGAAAAAUCCUUAAUAGGCAAACAAAAAUUAAAACAGACACAAAAUAUGAGAUUUACAUUUAUAUGUGUAAAUAAUGUUAAGUACAUAUUUAAGCUCGUAAAUAUUUGAGUGGAAAAUUGGCAACCCUAGGCAGGAUAGUUGGCAUCGUUUAGGCGCAGACGGAUGUGUUUUGAUGAUCGGAACCAUACAAAUUACCUAUGAAAUUGUACAACAUAAUAAAAUGCUCACGGGAAAAUCAGAAGUGAGUGACCCAAGUAUAAGCACAGCAAAAGUGGAAGCACCUUCCCAAACUAAUGUUACAGUAUAAGUGAAUCCGCUUCAAGGGCGAUGGCAAAAGUAAGUCUGCGAGGUGAGAAAAUUAUCACAUUUAUAAACACUUCAAAAAACAAAAUAAAAAAAAUAAAACUGAGACUAUCGCAUUUAUGGAGACGUAAAGUAAAGAUGCAUAUGAAAAAUAAGCAAAUUGAAAUUCAGAAAAACAACUAUAACAUUCAUACAAUCGUGAUGGCUGGAAAAAAAAUGCUAGACGGCGAAAAAUUUAGCUAACUGUACACAGUUAUAAUGCAAGAUAACUUUUUCCUUUGAUCUAAAUAUAAAAAAAUAUGA